GAGGGGCGGCCUCGGGCAGAGCCAGCGGGAAAGGGAAAAAUUCAGGGAAAAGAGGGUGUAUAGAGAAACCCUCCCCUCCUUCUGCCGCCUUCCCUUCCAGCCGCCUGGCUUUGGGGGGCCGUGCCGAGCUGAGCUCGGGUCUACCUUCUAGGACCCUCCGCUCACCGCGCAACGUCGUCCGGAGCUCCCGGAGAGCUUUGGAAGGGCAGGUCUGAGCGGGAUCAAGGGUCUCUCCGUUGUGGCUGCCUAUUCUUUUAUAGAUCAGUUCCUGUGAGCUACCACCUAUAUAAAAUUCUGUCCAUUUGGACUUAAAUUCUGGUGGAAAUUUUCUCAGAUUCUUGUCCUUGUGCUACUAAAAUCAUCCCUAACUAAAGAUGCAUCCAGACCUGUCUCCUCAUCUGCACACUGAAGAGUGUAACCUAAUUAUCAGUCUGCUCAAGAAGUGUCACAAGGAGCACAACGUUUUGAAGUUUUUUGGCCAUUGCAAUGAUAUUGACCGUGAGAUGAGGAAGUGCUUAAAAAAAGAGUAUGAAGAAAACAGGCGCAGAAACUGGGAGAAGCGACAGAGGAUAAGAAAUGCUCACAAAGCCUCAGAGAAGUGAGCUGUGCAUUGGCUGGACAGCUGCAGCUCCACUGGGACAUUCACUUGGAAGCUGAAAGAAUACUUGUGUUUCAUCACCAAUGUCCAGCCUGUGGUUUGUGAAAUGGUGGCAAAAUAAAUGCAUCUAAAGCAUAUUCAUUCCCAACAAGGCAAACAAUAUGAAAAAAUAAAUACAAUACAUUGCUCACAA